CACAGAGUGAGGACUCGCGCUCUCCCGGUGGGAUAAGGGGGAGCUUGUAGGCUGCUCUGAGAAACUGUUUGCAUUAUUACAUCAAGCUUAUCAUUAGCUAGGAAGGUCACAGUGAAUGAAGAGAAACUGGUCAGCUGGACGUUCAUUCUCCUGCCUUUUUACUUCCCCUUAAGCUGGAAGGUAGCCCUGUGGAGACUUUGCAGUCCUUGUUCAACGAUCGCAUUGAAACACACUAGGCUGCAAGAUGCUAAGACUGAUCUGAUUUCAAAUGGAUGAUGUCAUGGCGGCCUCAGUAUCGGAGCUCCAAGUUCCGCCAUGUUUUCGGCAAGCCUGCUAAUAAGGAGAACUGCUAUGAUGGGGUGCCCAUCACCAAGAGCGUUCAUGACAGCCAUUUUUGCUCCAUAAACCCCAGGUUCAUUGCUGUGGUCACAGAGUGUGCAGGAGGCGGAGCUUUCCUCAUCAUACCAAUUCACCAGACUGGAAAGAUCGACCCUCAUCACCCACGGGUCUGCGGCCACAGAGGAAACGUGCUGGACAUUAAGUGGAACCCCUUUGAUGACUACUCCAUAGCUUCGGGCUCGGAAGAUUCAACUGUGAAAAUCUGGGAUAUUCCUAAACAUGGGAUGAUGAAGAACAUCACGACGGCCAAGAAGGAGCUUCAGGGGCAUUCCCGGAGAGUGGGGCUCAUUGAGUGGCACCCAACUGCUGGCAAUGUCCUCUUCAGUGCCGGAUAUGACUACAAGAUCAUGGUGUGGAACCUAGAUACUCCAGACCAGAUCAUCAAGAAUCCUGUUAAAACGAUUAGCGUGCACAGUGAUGUGGUCCUCUCCAUGUCAUUUAACACGGACGGUAGUCUCCUAGCAACAUCCUGCAAGGACAAGAAACUAAAAGUCAUUGACUCGCUCACAGGUGUUGUUUUACAGGAAGCCAACUGCAAGUCCCAUAAAGCAAACAAGGUUGUGUUUCUGGGCAACCUGAAAAAGCUUGUAUCUACUGGAACGUCAAGGUGGAACAACAGACAAAUUGCACUGUGGGAUCAGGAUGACCUGUCCGUGCCUUUGCUGGAGGAGGAUCUGGACGGCUCUUCGGGGGUCCCUUUCCCGUUCUACGACCCUGAUACCCACAUGCUGUACGUGGCUGGAAAGGGAGAUGGCAACAUUAGGUACUAUGAAAUCAGCUCCGAGAAGCCUUAUCUACAGUUCCUAGCAGAGUACCGCUCAUACUUACCUCAGAAAGGAAUUGGAAUCAUGCCAAAGAGAGGCCUGGAUGUCUCCUCCUGUGAGGUCUUCAGGUUUUACAAACUAGUGACAACAAGAAGCGUUAUUGAGCCCCUCUCCAUGAUCGUACCGCGACGGUCUGAGUCGUACCAGGAGGAUAUCUACCCAAUGACUGCUGGAUCUGAGCCAGCAAUGACAGCAGAGGAGUGGUUCAAAGGGGUCCAUAAAGGUCCUAUAUUGAUGUCCCUGAAACCUGGCAGCAAAAACUCCCAGUCCAUUCCGCUAGUAACUGCCAGGGAGCCGCUGAGCAUUCUAGAACCGAAAAGGUUUCAGAACUGCUUCGAGCAGUUGGAGGUGGCAGCGAUCCAGGAGAGGCUGGAGCAGAAGGAGACAAAAGAGCAGAAGAGGCUGGAGGACAAGAUCCAGAGCAAGAGCCGGGACAAGACCCGAUCUUCCUUCUCCAAUGGCUGUGACCUGUCGGAAUGUGCGCCACCCAAAACUGAAAAUGAGCUGCUGCAGAUGUUUUACCGACAACAGGAAGAAAUCCGACAGUUGAAAGAACUGUUAGGUCAGAGAGACGUCCGAGUGAAACAGCUGGAGCUGGAGAUCAAAAACAUCCGGAACUACCCGAGAGCUACUGAGAGAAAGGGAUCCAAAUCCUGAAGCAAUUCUAAAGCAGCACCAAACCAGAACAUGACUUCAACUGCUGUUUGUAUAAUUAUAUAUUUUAUAUUGCAAAAGAAAAAGAAAAAAAAAAAAAAGCAGUACCUCUGCUACACGGUGCACAUUUUUUUUUUAACAUGUUUUACAAUUGUGUACAUAUUUUUGAAUUAUUAAUCAUGUCUAUGGUUUACGCAGCUGUUGUGUGAAUUUCUACGGUACUUCACAGACUCUGGGCUCCACAAGUCUGGUUCAGUUUUUUUAUUACUUUUUUGUUCUUUUGUAACACAGUUCAUAAGUAGUUUCCUCAAUUGUCUCCUUAUAUUAAGACUGUUUUGCUUUUUUUUAAAAAAAUUUUUACGUUUUUCCAUACUGAAUGUCAUUU